AUGGAGCAGAACCUGGCAAGGGAAAUUAAAAAUUUACGAGCAGACUUUAAGAAAGACCUGAAGUCUGAAUUGAGAGAUUUCAGGCAAACACUUGAAUCUGUUACUAAAGAACUAAAACAAGUCAACAUAAGGGUUCAGAAAUUAGAAGAAAAAGCCAAUUCUAUGGAAGAUAUUGUCAAAAAGGUAAAGUCGGACCAGGAACUGGAGAAAGAAAGACUUCUGGAUAUGAGAGCGUUAGAAGAACAAAAGGCGAGGCAGAACUGUUUGAAACUUAGAGGUGUGAAAGAAAAUAAAGGAGAAAAUCUCUAUGAUCUACUGAUUCCAAUCUUGGCAGACUAUAUGAAUAUUCCAGUACAAGAGGUGAGCUGGAGUAUAAAUAAGAUCUACCGGAUUAAUUCAAAAAUCGCCAAGGAAAAAAGUCUGCCCAGGGACAUAGUCAUUUAUUUUCUGAGACAAAAUGUUAAGGAUCAUUUGCUUCAAACUAGUUACCAGGAUAAGCUCAUAAUUGAGGAAUGUGAGAUCAGAAUCUUCAAAGAUGUCCCUAAGAGGAUUCUUCAGAGGAGAGAAGGUUAUAAAUUCUUAACAACCCAGCUAAACAGACACAAUAUAUUAUACAAGUGGGAAAAGCUGGAAGGUAUCUCGGUCUACUUUAAACAGAGAUGGACAAAAAUAAAUUCAGUUUUCAAGGCAAACGAAUUUUGGAAAAGACAUGGAAAAGAAAUUGAAAUAACGAGAGAGCCACAUGAUGACAAGAGGGAAGAAGAACAAAAGGGUUUGAAAGAAGAUCAGAUAGAUCAUAAGGAUGGAAAGGAUGAAAAACAGGACGAACAGGAUAGAGACUCAAACAGAUCGGGAAGUAAAGAAGACUGUGAAGAGGAGGAAUCAGAUUUAUCAGAGUUAGAUGAAGAAGAAGUUGACCCUAAGAAACAAAAAGGUGAGGAAGAGAAAUCUCCCAGUUUGGACACAAGUUUGGAAGAAGGGAAAAAGGCUAAACCAAGAAGGAAACGUUGUAAAAACAAAGCCAAAUAA